AUGGAGAUUGCCAUAUCUGCAGUUACAGGUGAACUAGUGAGCCGGUUCAUCUCCUUCCUGAUGAAAAAGUACCACUCCUCCCUCCAUGCGAAAUUAGAGGAGAAGAUAGUAGUGGAGAGGUUGCAACACCUCCUGAUAAGAGCUGCCACCAUCGUCGAGGAGGCGGAUGCACGGUACAUAACCAACUCAGGGAUGAUGAUGCAGCUCAAGAAGCUUUCUGAGGCCAUGUACCGAGGAUACCACGAGCUGGACACCUUGAGGUACCGAACUCUCCAAGGCGGUGCAGGCUUCAACGAGGUUAGCAACGACUCAUCUACCAGCUGCUUGUAUGUAGCUAAGCGUUCUCGGACAACUGACACGGCCAUGCACCUCAAGUCACAUACUGCCUUGGAAAGCUUAGAAAUUGCUAUAGCUAACAUGGCAGAAUUCAUUGUACUUAUGGGCGGAUGUGAACACAUGGUUCGUAGGCCCUAUGAUGUUUAUCUUUACACCGACAACUUCAUGUUCAACCGGCAUGCUGAGAAGCAGAAGCUCUUGAGCUUCUUGUUGCAGCACAAUGAUCUUACCGGUGGUCAUGCACUGGAUGUUCUUCCGAUCAUAGGUACUUCUGCAACUGGGAAGAAAACUUUGGUUGCUCAUGUGUGUGGCGACGGAAGAGUUCGCACACGCUUCCCGUCUGUUUUACACUUGAAUGGAGACAACCUUUUGACGAUACUUGACCAUGGAAGGGCCAUGGUUGGGAUGAUGUUAGUAGUUAUUGAAUUUGCUUCUGAUGUAGGUGAUGAUGAGUGGAAAAAGUUUCACUCAUUCGUCAUAAGAAUGGGAAGAGGAAGCAAGAUCAUCAUCAUUAGUAGGCUUCAAAGACUAGCUCGAUUUGGAACGGUGAAUCCGAUUUUCUUAAGUGUUCUAUCUUAUGAUGAGUUGAGCUACCUUUUCAAGACUCUGGCAUUCGGAAGUGUAGACCCUGCAGAACAUCCAAGGCUAGUACAGCUAGCAGAUAAAUUUGCCAAGGGGUUGCACGGUACACAUGGUUCACUUCUCGCAGCAAAUAUGUUUGUAGAUGUGUUGAGAAGGAAACUCGAUAUUCAGUUUUGGCGUUGCAUAUUGGACAAGGGGCUAAGAUACGUUAGAAGAAAUCUCUCCAUGUAUGGUGCGCACCCAAGCACACUUAUAGAACAAGGCCAUCCAGUGGACAUAACAGACUUUGCUUUGCAUCCACUUAGCAUGACACCUUAUACUGUUUAUGUUUCAAUGAAGAAGGAAUCACCAAGUGUGACAUUUGGGCAACUUCUAUCAGAUCCUAGUGUUAGACCAGAACAAGACUUUAUGCUAAUUUCAUGGGAAUCAAGAAUGCCACCUCAUAACUCAUUUGCUUGUUUUGUUACAAGUCAUGCUCAGGCCACAUUUGAAGGUAGUGCCAUACCAGGGCGGAAGCGAAGAGGAGUGCCAAUCUAAUUUUAUUUCCAAACUCGUGUAAUGUGACUAUUGUUGUAUCUUUUUCUAUGCAUGACAAACGGAUGUGUUCUUUUUUUUGUGGGGAAACAAAUGGAUGUGUUCAUGUAUAACACUGAA